CUACAUUCUUGGGACACCAGAAAUCUCCCCUCCAUUCUUGGGGCACCAGAAACAAGAACAAGACGUUCUGUUUCUGGCAAAAGCGGGAAUCAAACAUGUUCUGACAGAACAGAGCAAGCAUGGUGAGAGAUGUUAUGAUCGAUUGGCACCAAUAUCCUGCACUAAGAUUUAGAUCAAACAAUACCGGAUCCAUUUUUACAGCACCAACAAACAGCCCCUGCUCCCUACAGUUGCUGCCGCAGCAGUGGUUGAGAAGUGCUUUUUCUCCUGCUCCGUCCGCUUAAACCCUAAAGGCUAAACCCCUUCCUGCCUCCAUAUUUAGGAAGGAAAAAUGGAGGGGAGGGAAAGGAUGGAAGUGGAGGAGGCAGGGAACCCUUCAACUGCACCAACCCCAGAGCCCCAAACUAAGAAGAUCAAGAUGUCUUCCACCACUACCACCGAAGAUGAAGCCGAAGAACAGUCCACCGUCCCCACCGGCGACGGCGCCACCAAGAGGGUGCGGUUCAAGCGGCGGAAGAUAGCCUUGUUCCUGGCGUACUGCGGUGUGGGUUACCAGGGGAUGCAGAGGAACCCUGGGGCGAAAACCAUCGAGGGCGAUCUAGAGCUCGCGCUCCUCAAGGCCGGCGCCAUCCCUGAGGCCGACUACGGCGACCCCCGCCGCGUCGACUGGAUGCGGUCUGCCCGCACCGACAAGGGCGUAAGCGCCGUCGGGCAGGUUGUUUCCGGCCGUUUUUACGUCGACCCACCUGGCAUGAUCGAGCGCCUCAACUCUCACCUCCCCCCUCAGAUCGUCGCCUUCGGCUACAAGCGCGUAACGGCCUCCUUCAACGCCAAGAAAUUCUGCGACCGGCGGCGGUACAUCUACCUCUUGCCUGUGUUCGCCCUCGACCCGACGGCGCACCCCGAUCGGGAGAGCGUGCUGGCCAGCGAGGGAUCCGACAACGCGCUCGCCAAGUGUUUGGAGUGCUCUGAGCGAGGGAGGAAGGUGGUUGGUGCUAUGGGUGGCCGGCGGACCGACAGUAACGCGAAUAAGGCUAAUGGGGUUUUGGUGGGCGCAGACGAGGUUGAGGUAAACAGGAAGCUUCAGCGUCCUGAAGUCGUGUCUGAAUCCGAGGGGAUGGCAAAAAAUGGGGUCUCUGCGAAUUCGAUAGAAGAAGAAGAGGAAGCUGGGAACAGCAGUGCAAUCUCUCUGGGAGAGAAGGAAAAUGGAACUGUUUCCAGUUCUGAGACAUUGAUGCUAAACGACGUUCCUUUGGAUGACGCGAAAUCGUCCAGCAAGGCAGGCUCCGCAGAAAAGCAUAAGGCUAUAAUUGAGCAGUUCCCAUCCUCGGAAAGGGUGGUAAAAGAUUCUAUGGACUCUGGAGAAGAAGAUAAAGCUGGGGCCUUGCCCGUGCUCGAGCAGGAAGAGAAUAGUAAUUCCGUUGAGAACAAACAACAGGAAACAGAUACGGAUGGAGAUCGGCAGCGUAUUAAAUGCAUUGAGGAAGGGAGCAGUUCCUUCCAUUAUGGUGAUAAGGAGAAAGAGCAAUUCAAUAGAAUCCUAAAGAUGUAUGUUGGUACCCAUAACUUUCACAAUCUAACCACGCGAACGAAGGCGGAAGAUCCGUCUGCGAAGCGCUACAUUGUGUCAUUUGAGGCAAACGAAGUUGUCACUGUCGAUGGUAUUGAUUUUGUGAAAUGUGUGGUCGUGGGGCAGAGCUUCAUGCUUCAUCAGAUCCGCAAGAUGAUCGGGCUUGCAGUGGCAGUCAUGCGAGGCUGCGCUCCGGAGUCCAUAAUAACAACUGCUUUGAGAAGAGACCUGAAUCUCAACGUUCCGACAGCACCGGAGCUGGGUCUUUUCCUGGAUGAAUGUCUAUAUACAUCCUACAACCAGAAGUGGAGGGACACACACGAGGAGCUGUCUUUGGCUGGAUAUGCAGAACAGGCGGAGGUUUUCAAAAUGAAGCACAUACAUGCUCACAUUGCAUCAACUGAACACAAGGAAGGUGUUGUAGCUCUUUGGCUUCACUCUUUGAACCACCGCAAUUAUCCUGACUUCCGAAUAGAACAUGGCAAUGGAGGCAUUAACACUGAAGAUGGUAAGCAGUGUAAAACGGACCCGCAGUAGGAAUUGGUCUGACAUGGCUGACUGCCCCCUGCCGUAUAGUGUUUUUCCAAUUCCCAAUUGUUCGUUCCAAAGUGAGAAUGAUAUAAAGGACCUGCUAUUUUUUGAGCGACGAGUCUCUUCUAUCUUAGUAUCUUGUAUUACUUAAAAUGUUUCUCUUAUGAAAAAUGAAUUCCUCCCUUUUCUAAUCCAA